AUGUCUACAAUGCUAGCAGAAGUGGAAGCACUGGUGCUUCAAUACGUCCCUGAAUUGAUAAAAUCGUUAACCGGGUUUGGUGAAUCGGAAGAAAAUUUCGCUAUCUGUUACAAUUUCACGUUGGGCACCAUACGAAACGACCGGUAUCUAUCAGUAAAUAGCCACGAAAUACGGAGAAAGAUGCAGGCGAUCAUAGAGAACAUGGAAAUUACCAACUUUACCACUGAAGCUGACCAACUGCGUCGAUGCUACGAGGAGUUGAUCAAUGAUGCGGCCUGUCUAGAUCAUUAUGUUCAUGACAUUCACUGGUCGGUAUUGUUGUUUCUUCUAACCGUUGCUUACAACCCCGUCGGUGCUCUGAAGGAAAGGCUACGAACGGGUGAAGUCCUCCAGCUUAUCGAACCCGAAUCAACGGAAGUACGUUGCCAGGAUAAGGAGCGAGAAGAUUUAAUAGCGGAAUUACUGGAAGACAAUCUUCCGCUCACCCCGUACGACGAUAAAGAAGGAUCGGAACUAAGUGAUUGGAGUGAUUUAGAGGAGAAUGCAUCAGGAACCUACCACAGUAUAGAGCAAAAGGAAGUGGAAAUAGAAUCUAUCGAAAUUGGUAACAAACUUGAUAGCAGAACCAUUGAACUUCAUGAGCAGAUCGUGUUUAACAGGAUUGAACCUCCGAGACAGGAGGUAAGCUACGAAACCUUUUGCGAUGAGUUUUCCGAGCAAUGGCUGGAUAACAACGUUCAAGUGCCCUGGUGGAACGAUGCGCAAUACAAGGUCGAGGUGAACAGCGAACACAGAGGGGCAUCAUUUUGUGAUUUUUGGACCGAACGCAUCGUAAAAGUGUCCCAUGGUUUCCUUAAAAGCGAACCAGUCUCGACCGUGUCGGAGUAUAGCAUGCUGAGGGAAAUUUUAUGGAUGUUUACCAACCCCGUCGAUUGUAAGCUGUUCCGCAUCGAUGACGACCAGAUUUGGAUCAACACAAAUGUUUCACUAUCCAGCACUACCGAACACGGCAUACAGACGUUCCUGUUGAACUUCACCGAAUAUAUGACCAUUGCGUACCGCUUGCGCAAUUUCUGUAGCAGCAUUUUGGAACAUACUGCGCGAAGUCUUCCUGCACCACACUCGUUCGAGUGCUAUGCGGCCGGUGUGAAGAGUUUUCUAGACAACAUGGAAGCCGUAAUGAUACAGCACGAAAAGGAGCUCAUUAAACAAGAACCAGGCAAGACGUACACAAUCAUAAAGCUCUUUCACGAGCUAGAACCGGAGCUGUUUGUGCUGAAGAAGUUGUACGAUAUUCAUAAAUUUUCCGUGCUCGAUUGGACCAAGUUCCCCGCGCACAUUGCCGUAGCGCAUUUGCUGUCUGGGCUUUUUCGUAGCGUUAAGCUAAGCGCCAACCUGGAAAAGGGAAAUCUUGCCUUUGCAUUGCUUCUCGCUGCAUUGAAGUGUUACAUGAACAUGAUCGAUACCUGGUGGACGGAAGGCAGACUCGAUGAUUGGCGGGAAGAGUUUCUGGUAGAGAAAACGUACGCAGAAAAUUCCUCCAUCGGUUUGCAGACCGGGUAUCAGGCAAGGCUGUUCUCAAAAUGCAAAAUACGAUCGUUUUACGUUAGUUCUGCCAUUUCGGAGGUGAUUGAAAACGAUCCGAUUAUAAAGCUGUUGCUGCACCAUUCAUUGGAGGCCGGUUACACGUUAAACAUUCUGAAUGGAUUGGACAGAAUAAGCGACAUGCGGAAGGAACAAGACACUGAUGAAAAUUUGAUCUAUGCUAGCUUUCUAGAAACGAUCGUAGAAGAGCUGGAAAGAUUCCGCACCGAAAUUUCCACGGAGAAAAGCUGCGAAACUAAUGAGCAAUCCAUUGGUCAGCAAAAGAAAAGGCAAAAUGCUAUGUUAGACAAUCUUCGAAAACAAAUGCGUGAAGUUUGUGAUGAUGAUCUGAUGCUGUUAGCAUUCAACAGUACCCUCCAAUUGGUGAAUGAGAGUUGUCGACAGACUGGAACAGCUGAGAUGCCGUCUGCGAGAGAGCAAUCAACUCGGAAGCUUUCGAAUGCUUACAAUCUCUAUAUGAUUCUGAACUCGAUUUCGUCUCUUCAGCUUCCACUCGAGCACGUGUUGUUUAAUGCUAUUAAAAACCUGAUGGAAACGAAGCGUCAGGCAGCAAAUCACUAUGUGACGUACAUCUAUAAGGACGAGUUCCAUGUGAUGGAUCAUCUGAAGAACAUUCGUAAGGUUCUGCUGCUGGAGGCGAGCGAUCUAAUGGAUUAUUUCUACAGCGAUCUUUUCCGAAGGAUUGAAGCAGGUGAAAGUUGGGCCAAUCCUUACCUUCUCACGAUACAGCUAAACGACAUUUUGGCGUCACGGUUUAACGAUAUGACGUCACUGUUCACGGUCGAGGUAAAUCGGUCGGCUGGCUACAAGCUCGAUACCACUAUAGUUCUGAUGGCAAUCGAUGAAAUACGCGUGCUGUAUAAUCCAAGCCAAGAUUUAAGCAACAUGAUCAAUGACGAAACCAUGGCCAGCUAUAACAGUGUGUUCCGGUUUUUGCUUAAAGUGAAGUGGGCCCUCGGUACGCUGGAAAUGCUACGCUUUCCAGAAUCGCAGAAAAAGCGCCCACCAUACGCGAGCUUCGGAAUGCUCGAUCUGAUACUGAAGCGAUUGGCUAUGCUUAAAUUUUGGAUGAUAUUUUCGGUGCAGUCCAUUCAUUCCCACCUGAUGACGCACGUGCUGCAAUCGUUUGGCGAACAGCUCGACGAGAAGCUCGAUUUGGCCGAUAAUCUGAGCGAGAUGAUAGCCGUUCAUCAGUCUUACAUUGGGACCAUAUUCGACCAUUGUUUCCAGCAGGACGAUAGCAAACCCGUUAUGGAAGGUAUUAUACGGCUGUUGAACUUGGUGCACAUUUUGCGCGAUGAAUGGAACAACACGGUACUUUACACCGAAAUGGACGCGCGGGGAGAUAUCACGGAUAACAGCACGAUGGGUGAUUUCAUUGCGAAUUCGCAGGUAGAUGAAUUGGAACGAACGUAUUGCAAAUGUCAUCAGCAGCUAGCGAAACUACUUAGCCGAGAGGCAUACGGAAAGCAUAAGUUGCAUCUUACGGGAUUGGCUGAUGCGUUUAGUUACAAUGUGCCCUACUAA